UCUGUAGACUGAACAUUAUUAUCAUUAUUAUGAGUGAAGGAACUACUCCCGUUCAGACGACGUCCAACCAUCAGAGACGUCCAUGUCACACUGGAGGAUUGUGGGUAGUGUAGUUCUCCUCAAUGACGUCGUGAAUAAAACGAAUGCGGCACCUGUUCUCUACAUCCACACCGGGACCGACCGGGCGGGCGGGGCCAGGACAACCGGUCGGUCUGCAUUGAUGGAAGAGCGGAGACCGGAAAGGACGCGUCGGUUUCACAAUAAUACUGUGAAAGUAAUGGAACAACAGCCUGGACGCUGGACGUGCAGCCGGUUGACGCAGGUGCGUCGAGCAGGAGGUGAUCACCUGUCGAAGACAAAGUGAAGAAGCUUCAUCAAUCAUCUCUUCAAUCAUCUCUACAAUCAUCUCUUCAAUCAUCUCUUCGACACGAUUCAUCGAUCACAUCUCCUCCUCGACCAUGAGAGGAGACGCGCCGGAGAAUGAUGCGACUGAUCCUGGAGCAGCGGCGACAGAGGAGACGACGUCAGGGGGAAGACGAGCUAGUAUUGUGAUGCUCCAACAUCUGAUGAAAAGAGUUCCCCACAGCUCUUCACCGAGCCAGUACACGACUCUUGUUUCAUCGCCGUCGGAUUCCAGCGGAUCGUCUGCGAACGAGUCUCGAAACAAACAGAGCGGAGAGCAGGAAGUGAUCCACGUAAGCCCUGAGGAUGGAGUCAACGUGGCCAGAAUCAACCCAUUUCAUGCGCAUAAUUUGGAAUCGGGCAGCCAAGGCCAAGUGACGGAGGACGACGGAGUGGAAUCAAACCUCAACACCCACUUUGUCCCUCCGCCUGGAUUCCAGAGCUCACCUCUGGACCUUCAGCCUGAAGUUCAGACUGUGGAAAAUGGAGACAAGUUUUCUGAGCUUCAGAAGGACCUGUUCCAUCCAUGGACAUUGGCCCAGAACUCAUCUGCCAGCGAUCACCUUCCUUUAAACAACUUAUUUAAAGCAAACCCCUCUCGAACGCCGGACCUCCCCAGAACCUCGGACCUGUUCAAAGGUGCAGAGCUUUUCCAGGCUGCAGCUCAAGCUGACAAAUCUCCCGGUAUCUUUAUGGACCCUUUCAAAUCUCCUUCAAACCAGGCCAAUGGUCUGCUCCAGUCUUCGCAGUCUGCCGUGGGGAAUCCCUUUCACACUGCUUCCGCCUCCGAAGCAGAUUUGUUUCAAGCUGUUCCUACGAACGUCAAAGACAAUCGAGAUCCCUUUACCAAAGAAAAUGGGCUGUUUGGCGUAGCCUCCGAGGAAAACCGGGAUCUAUUUUCAUCGUCAUCCACAAGUGCAGUCGACCCGUUCCCCAGCCCUGUUGCAAGGGAUUUAUUCCAAGACCUCUCCAGUGUGGAAGACCCGUUUGGUCCAACUCCCUCAAAACAACACGACCCUUUCCAUGAUGUUUCCAGUGGGACUCCAGACUUCUUCCUACCACUUCCCUCAAAGGCCGACAGCAGGGAUGUGUUCCAGACCGUCCCGAGCAACGCUGCGUUCUCCAGACCGUCAUUCAACUGUGCAUCAGAGACGAGGUUGGACCCGCUGAUGUCGCCAGGUCUCUUCAGAGCAACAGAAUCUCCUCCAGUCGACCGACCCACGACUUCCAGCUCACGCGUCGUCUUGACGACGCCUCGGGGAACCAAACAUGCUGUUCUUCAUCCGACUCCCUUCAGUCAGGCCAGGAAUCUGUCAGUGUCACCCAGUCAGUCUCUGGGUGAAAUGACUCACGUGCAGACCUUCAAACGUCCACCGAAGCCUCUUCCUCGCACUCGACCACGGAGGCCAGAGAAGCUUCCCACGCCAGAAAAAACUAUCGAACCUGAACCAACUCAACCGACUCCGUCCCUGAAACCAGCGCUCAGUCCGCUCCCAAAGCCAGUGGUUCGCCGCAAACCCAAAACUCCCGACAAUCAACCAGUGGAGCCCGAGAACUACGUGGUGUUUGAGGACAUCCUGCUCACUGGACAGGAGCGGUGUGUGGAGGACUGGCCCGACGACAGUCCGGAGCUCAACCCGGAGUUCAGACCAUCUGGAAGAUUCAGACUCCGACGAGAGUCGAUGCUGGUGAAGACGGACUCAGACGGAGGAAGUGGUGAGGACCAGGACGCCUCUGGAGCCCGGAGCAAGAAAAAAGAGAAGAAGUUCAGAAUGUCCCUGCUCUCCAGAAGAGGCUCCAAGGAGAAGUUUGUGGAGGACAUGAAGGACGGGAGGAGCCGGACGCUGCCCACCUCCCCGAAAUCCUCCCAGGAGUGUUUCUCAGACGUGCACGCGGCUGCAGGAGAAGAUGACUGGAUGGACUACAAACAGAAGAAACCGCUGAGGACCAGAGUGAACCAGCUGCUCAGACGAGCCUCCGCCGCGUCGGCGCUGCCGGAGGGAAGACACGGACCACAAGUUCAACAUGACGACGACAAGGGGAAGAAAAGCAUCGGCAAGAAGAACUCCAUCACACGACGCUGGUCGGAGGGGACGGCGCUGGACAACGGCCCUGAGGAGGAGGAGGAGCAGGACGGAGGAGAAUCCCAGCAUGAAGAGAAGAGAAAAAACAAGAUGAAGAUCAAGUUUGUGCCUCACAGAGGAUUUGCCAUCACUUCAAAAAGGGGGGAUGAUGAGGUGAAGGGAGCUCGUGGCUUCACUCCGCCUGCGAGGUCUCGGGGCGACGCGUUCGAGGACGUAGGAGAGAUGAAAGUCCUCCGUGUCCAGUCGACGAGCAAGGCUGAUGUCACGGGCGACGAGCUCUUCCACCGAGACCACGAGGACGACGAGGACGACGACUGCAAACCUAAGAAACCAACGAAGACGAAGCUGCUGCACGUCGCUCGUCGGAGCUCGAAGGGGAACGUGUCGGACGAGUCCUCUCAGAAGAAGAAGAGCAGCUUCUCAGCCGAGGAGCCGGACGGGAUGGAGUUCUACAAACAGGAAGCAUCUGAACACAAGGCUCCGGAUCCACGCAGAUGGAAGGACGCCUGCGACGCAGCUUCUCGCAGCCGCGCCGCUCCGCUGAACUCCAUCGACGACGGACCGACAGGACGCGACUUCCUGGGUGGAGGAGAGAUGUUCUACAGUGACGAAGAGGAAACAUACAAACUGAAGAAGUCACAGAAACUCAAGGGCUUCAGAAGAAGCAAGGUUCAGAACAGAGGCGACGUCGACCCGCCCGGCGCCACGGCCGGCGACUUCACGUCAGAGGCGGCUCAGGCGGAAUGGUUCGCCGCCCGGAAGGACGAGCGAGCUCUGGCCGGUUGGGAGGAUGAGGAGGAGGACGGGGACACUGACAGUUUGAUGGAGUGGUGGAACAAUGUGGAACAAUGGGACGAGGUUCCGUCCGACGAUGACAACGUGGUCAUGGAGGACGAGUCCAAGUCCUUCAGCGUCCUGGCGGACAAGGUUCACCGCGGCCUGCGCGUCUUCAACAAGGCGUUCACGGAGCGGGCCGAGGUCCUGUGGCAGUCCAUCAUCACGCUGCACGCCAUCGCCGACGACAUCCGCGACUUCCACCAGAAAGCCAAGAUCGCCGGCAUCACUGGCGGCACCACCACGGCCGUGGGCGGCGUGACGGCCAUCGCCGGUCUGGCCCUGGCGCCCUUCACCUUCGGCGCGUCGCUGGUGGUGACGGCUGUCGGCGUGGGGGUGGCGACCGCCGGGGGAAUAGCCUCGGCCUCCGCGGCCAUCUCGGACAACGUGAACAACAUGCACGACCGGAAGAAGGUGGAAACCGUUCUUCGGGAGUACGAGGGCCACCUGCUGCACAUCGGGAAGAUCCUCCACUUCGUGGACCAGGGCGUGUACAAGCUGCGCGGCCACCCGUUCCUCCGCUCCGGCACCCAGCACUACUCGGAGGACUGGGAGGUGCGCAGGACCGUCCAGAUCCUCUGCCUGGUCGACUCGCCGGUGAUGCGAGCGACGGGGCUGACGGACGCCGCCGUGGCCACGGUCCAGAGCCUGUUCAAGGGGAUGGACAAGUACUUCAUCAAGGACUCGCGGGAGCUGAAGAAGGGCUGCCGGCGGGAGGUGGUGAGUCAGAUCAAGCAGGUGGCGAACAUGCUGAACGACACGAUAGUGGAGCUGAACGCCGUCAGAGAAGAGCUGCACGACGCCACGGGACACGCGUGAUCUCCGGCGCCCCCUCCUGGCUGAAUCAGAGCACGAGGCGGUUUGUUCCACUGUAUCACUAAUCACUUCUCUUGUGGUUUCAGCCGAGAGGAGUAAAUUCAUCUGAACGUUCAAUAGAUUAUUCUUGUGUUUUUUCAAAAUAUUUGUGGAUGUUCACCUUUUGUCUCUGCACUGUGUAUUUAUGAAUAUAUAGAUUUAUGUGGUCACACGUGCAAACGUUUUUCAUCCUAGAUGCAUGUACAUACAGAGCACGAAUAACACACAUCACUUCAUCAGCAUUGAGUCUCUGAACACUUGUGACACUGUCCCCACCAAAUGUAUAUACAUUCAGAAAUAUGGUAUUAAUUGUCGGGCAAAUAUCGUGUCAGUGGUUUUUAUAAUUUUUCGGUAUUACUGGUGUCAGUGUAAUGAAACAGUGAUACCUGCUUUGCUCUGUACAAUUUAAAUGUGUUGAUGAAUUUGAUUUGAACAAAUUAAAGUGUUUUAUGACGAGCAAUGUGUGUAUCACAUCGUCACAAAUUAAAA